AAAUCAGAAGUGAAAUAACUCAGCAACAGCAAGCAACAGGCUGCUAGCCGUUAAAAAAAGACAUACAAGAAAUAGCACAAGAACCCUAAUACCCAUUUGAAGAAAUGGCCACCGCAUCAGCUCAUCUGCCCAUCCAGAAGCGCCAGUCGCACGAACACAAUGGCGAGCCCGGUUGCCAAGGUCUGGAGGAGAUGAACCGCAUGUUCCGGAAUUUCUGGGAUCCCACGGCAUACUGGGUGUGCGAUAAGCAAGGCACGCGGGCGCGUCUCCAGCGCUGUCCGCAGGCGCAGCUGUACUCCGAGGAACUGGGCCGCUGCGUCCACUAUGCCGAUUGGGCCUGGACGGAUCCCAAGGAGCCGCCAAGCCGACCCAAGAUUAGCCAAUCGGUGUCCACCAAGUGAUAGCUAUCAGUUAAUCUUAGUUUAGUGCUACUCUAAGACAACCAACCUCAUUACGCUUAGAUCUAUGUUUACAAAAUACCUUUAUUUUUAAUGAAAAUAAGAAAAUAUCAGUACAAAAUCAAAA